AUGGCAAGCGACGAGAAAUCAAAGAAUCCCUACGAGGACCUAGACCGCCAUGAGCGAGAAAUAUCCUCAUCUUCAGCUGCGGACACAUCCGUUGAACUUGCGGAUGAACAACCACCACAAUACAGCCCCCCUGAAGUGACAGCAGGGAGCUCAUCAGCAGCUGCAACAAAUACCCAGCCACAGAUUCCUAGCUCCGCAAGAAUCAUCGCAAUCCCCGCGAUCGCACCUGCAAAUGAAUCACCCUUCCUCCGCGCCUAUGCACCUACACUGGCAAACCACCAACUGCCAAAGGAAUCAUUCAUGAGAUUCCUAGACCAGCUCAAUGAUGUCGUGACUACCAGUCCGCCAAUGCAGGUACUAGACGCAACAGGUGGGAUGCUCAAGUCCGUCCCGAUUCUAUUCCCGCUGCAUUGGGUUGGCUCAGUGGUGAGCGGUCUCGCCAACUUGGGCAGUCUUGGAAUCUCAAAAAGUCGCUCAGACUCCACAAUUCGCCAAGCAAACAAGGAUCUUUUUGAACCCCGGGGAUUGAAGGUUGAGAUCGCUAAGUUGGAUGCCGUUGCUCAUAUCGCCAAGAUCCCCAUCCUGGAUUCACAGGGCAAGGUCGACCAGGACGCUCCUCUUAUCCGACAACUGAGCGGAAUUUCUAUGAUUGGGUCUGAUAUGGCACAGGAAGUGGAUAUACAGCAGCGCAGGAUUCAGCUAUUCCAGCCAUGGAUUGCUGAGCUUGAGGUUGAUUCUGCUCUUCCGUGGAGUCAAAAGUCGAGAUUGACGCGGUUUAAUGCGGCUCUUAAGAAAAGAAACGAGGGGGCACGGAACCGAGGCCAGGAGCCGGCUAAGGAAGAAGAGGACUUUGAGCUUCGAAAGUGUCUUUGGCUGGUUAUUCGAGAAGAGGGUGAUGAGAGUAGACCGGGCUCUGCAUCGAGGAGUUGA